CUUAUUGUGAUGUUGAUUGGAAGAAAACAGCUCGGUCUACCAUUGAAGACUGGGUAUAAUUCUAUCAAAGUACUUCUAGAUCAUUGCUUACAAUUUUAUGCCACCAUUUGAUGACUGAUAGAGUGACUCUUGUUUCAUUCCGCGCUGACCGGCUUCGAAAUUGACUCUUUGCUUUUCUUAUCCAUCAUAUUAUUGAUCUAUUUUGGUCAGUAUGGCUACGCUAUUUACCAUACCCAUCUCAUCAACACUGUCCUCGCCCGAUGGAGAAUCACCUGGCUCGGCUUCAGGAUCAAGUCCGGCUGCAGCUCCUCCAGGGUCUCCAACGGCCGGUACCCAGAAAGGAUGGAAUAUCACAGUCACUCAACCUUCCCCCAAAAUCUACUUUAUCAAUUUCGGUUGUCCCCCAGACAAUCGACUAUCUGUGUCCUUCUGCAACGCUCUUCUGCUUGCUCUUGAUAUUUUGGAAUUUAAACAUCCUCGUGGAGUAAUCGUCACAACCUCGGCAAUUCCCAAGUUCUAUUCAAAUGGAUUGGAGAUUCGGCAGGCGCUGAGCAUGAAGGGCGGCGCUUACUGGGAAGUUUUGUACAGUGUUUGGAGGAGAUUACUUACCUAUCCUAUGCCUACAAUUGCCCUGAUCAACGGGCACGCCUUCGCCGGUGGCCUCAUGCUUGCCAUGAUGCACGAUUAUCGCAUCCAGAACCCUCACCGGGGCUUCCUUUGCCUCAACGAGAUUGAGCUUGGCAUGCCUCUAAAGCCACCCAUGUCGUCUAUUUUCCGGCAAAAAGUCACGUCUCCUGGGACAUAUCGUACAUUAGUGCUCGAGGCCAAGCGUUUUGGUGCUUUGGAAUCGCUCAAAGAAGGCCUGGUUGAUGGGCUAGGCGGUGUUGAUGAAGUGCUCACGUUUAUCGAAGAGCUCAAGCUUCUUACGAAGACCGAAUCGCCAACUUAUGGUAUCCUCAAGGAAGAAAUGUGGAGGGAGACGGUGGCAUAUUUGGAUAAUUGGGAGGGUGAGGAAAAGAGACUUCAGCGGUCGGCUAAACGGAAGGAUGAGAGAAUGAAGGAGGCAAAGGAAAGAAUUGGAAAUUGGGAAAAUGCGGCUGGGAAGUCGAAGCUGUAGAAUGUUUAUUGAUCGAAGUUGAUGCUUUUACGAAUGAGUGCUGGGCGGGAUCGAGCACAGUAUUAGCUUUGAGACCAGUUCCGCAUCCAGAUUUUCUUGUUUGUUCAUGAAUAUAUUCAUUCUCUUCUUGUUAUUUUUUUAAUUUUGAAGAUAAAUUUUCUUCCUUGGCUUCUUAUUUGGAGGUAUUUAAAUCGUAUAAAGGAGUGAUGUCUUAUUCUUGGAUGAUUUUGCUAAAUUAUCUCAAAUUAUUCUAUUAAUCAAGCCGAAACGGGAGAUGAUCUUGCUGGACAAGGUCCAAUAUCUUCCUUGGCUAAGGUAGGUAUGUAUCACGGGGAAAUGCUAGAAGAAUGACGCAAUUCUCAGGAUUGGGAU